GACACCACCAAGCUUUCUCCUCCGCCUCUGUUGCUACAUACGCGAGACGCGACAUGACAAUGCUUCCAAGCAGAGGGUUAAGACCCGUGUUGACACACGCGCGAUUGCAAUUGAGAUCUUCCGUGAUACGUCAAAAAAAGUUUUCAACCUCUCCCUCAAUAUCUUCUCCCGUCCCGCGAUGGCGCUCCCCGCAAUCCUUUUCACGAAUCUACGCGCAGACGAGACCUAGCCUGGCCUGCUCUUCGGUCACAGCAUCGCUACAUGCACCGCGCUUCUACUCGUCCGAAGCACCACUGGACCCUUCCACGACCGCAUCUGCAAAUACUGCCGCAACGGGCGCUCCGACCUCGAUUCCGUACGACUCGGCGCUGCCUCAAUAUGAAGAGCUUAAGAAUCUGGACUUUGCAUUCGGUGCCAACGAGCAGAACAUGGGCUACUUGAAGGACUUGGGCCUGGACUUUGGGUGGGGACCGACGUCGGUGAUGCAGUAUCUGCUUGAGGUGUGCCACACCGGCAUGAACGGUCUGAUGCCGAUGCCAUCAUGGUGGGUGGCCAUUGCCAUGGUCGCAGUGAUUGUGCGCGUGGGCAUAACACCGCUGUACAAGUCGACGGUAAACCAGGCGGCGCGAAUGAGGGCGCUAGUUCCGGUCACGGCGCCCCUCCGGGAAGAGAUGCAAGCAGCGUCCAACGCAGGCGAAAUGGCGAGAUACAGGCAGCUCGCUGCGCAGCUUAGCGACGUCUACAAACGUUCCGGGGCGCUGCCCAGUCCCGCCUCGUUCCUGCCAGUAUUCAUCCAGGGCGUCUGUGGCUAUGGCAUGUGGAAGCUGCUGCGCAACAUGGCCCAGCUGCCCGUGCCGAGCAUGCUUGACGGCGGCUUCGGAUGGAUCUCCAACCUGGCCGUCGCCGACCCGUACUUUAUCCUCCCCAUCGCAACAUCCCUGAUCAUGCACGUGUCCGCAAAGCGCGGCAACGACAGCGGCCAGCCCCCGCCCGAGGGCUGGCAACGGAACCUCAUGCUCUACUGGCUGCCCGGCCUCUCCGCCGUCAUCACCUCCUUUCUCCCCGCCGGCGCCCAGCUGUACUUUGCCAUCAACACGAUCCUGAUGCGCGUGCAGGGCGAACUGCUCCGCUUCAACGGCUUCCGCAGAAUGCUUGGCGUCGAACCCUUGUACGACCUCCCGCCGCCCCCUGCGUCGUCAUCAUCAUCAUCGCCCAAACCCUCAGAUAGCACUGCCGGCAGCAUGAGAUACCAGAAACCAAACCGCACAAUCGACACCAAGCUCACAACCACCAAGCUCGGCAAGACCGCCGCCCCCGUCCAAAAGGACGAGCCGGAGGCGAAGAAGUGGUAUAAGCCCUGGACGUACGAUAAUUUUCAGAGCAGCAGGGCGUCUUCGGCCGCGGCGGACGGCGAGGAUGCUGAGGAGAGGUAUCGGGCGCGAGCGCGGGCGUAUGAGACGCAGCGGCAGGCGGAUGUUAAGGCGAGGAAGGAGGAGGCGAGGGCGGAGAGGGAGAGGAGGUUGAGGGGGUAG